AUGGCGCCGCCCAGAGUCCUCCUGUGGGGUGGCGCACCGUUGCGGCUGGCGGCCCUGCUCGCCGCGGGGCGCUGGCCCAGGGCAGCGACUCGGGAGGAGGCGGCGAGCCGCGGGCUGCCUGGUGGCCGCGGCAGCGCCAUCGGGUUCCUGGAGUGCGAGGGCCCGGAGUUCGACCCAGCCUGGGCGGAGUUCCGACGCCAAAUACCGCCUGGCCUGGGGCGGGACGCGGCGGUCGUCACCGAAGCGCUGGCGGCCCAGGCCGCGAACCUGGUCGGCGCGGUGGAGGCGCAGGACAUCGGCGCGGGCGCCGCGGCCUUUGGCGCGCGCCUGCGCUCCGGGGCGGGCGGCGGGGAGCCCACGGAGAGCACCGGCUUCUGCCUCUACGGGGCCGUCGCGGCCUACGCCGUGUGGGCCGAGCACCUGCGGCAGCGGGGCGCCGCAGCGGCGGCCGAACAGGGGGCCCCAGGCCCGAAGAGCUUCGCGGCGCGCGCGCUGCUGCUGCUGGCGAAGAAGCAGGCCAACGACUUCCUGGAGUCCACGGGCUGGCCCGUGAGGUCGCUGGAGCUCGUCGCCCUGCUGCAGGGCGAGGACGCGGCGGCGAUCCGCGGCCUGGAGGCCCGGUUCCGGCUGCCCUGCCACCUGACGCUCGGCUGCGCGUUUGCCCGCCUCCGGGCGGAGGAGGCAGUCGCGCCGCCGCCCCCGCCGCUCCCGAGCGACUGGCCCCGCCGCGUGGCCGCCGCGGGCCUGCACAUCACCUCCACGCUGGAGGCCGUCACCGCGCUGCAGGGCGCCGUCUCCGAGGCGUGGGGCCGCGGCGGGGCCGGCGGGGCGCCCUUCGAGGUGCACUACGCGGGGCACCCCUGCCCGUCCCACGCGGGCAGCGAGCACCAGUGCGCCAUGAGGUGCGAGCUGCUGGGGCUCUGCGACCCGGGGUCCGAGGCUGCCGACCCUCUGGCGGAGUUCCUGGCGGGGGCCGUCGACACCAGCAAUGGCCGGUUCAAGGAGCGCGAGGGCUACUCCCUGGCGGAGGCCCGCGCCGCUCUGCGCUGGGCGCCGCGGCGGCUGGACCCCAUCAGGCAGGCCGACAUGGUGCUAUGCACCUUUCCGACGGUCUUGUGCGUGUUGUUGCACGAGCUAUUCCCGCAGACCCCGCAGCUCUUCGUCGCGAUCGCCAACCCCUUGUUCGCUGCCCCUGGCUGUGCUGGCCAGGAGGACUCAACGGUUAUCGCGUGCGACUCCGACGAGGGGCGCGAGUACCUCACAGCACUGCGCGGCAUGCUCGCCGAGCCAGGCGGCCCAGUCCGCGGUCUGGCGGGCUACGCGGUGACCGCGGCGCUGGUGAGCUACCAGGUGGGCGUGGCGCUCCCGCUGGGGGGCAAGGCGGGGCGGUACCUGCCGGCGGGCGCGGUGUGGCGGCAGGAGCUCUCCGGGGGCGUGGCUCCUACCGAGUUUGCUGGAACUCUGGAGGUCCACGCCGUCCACCAGUAUCUUUACUUGGGGUGGCCCCCUCUCCUGGCCCUGGCCGCCUCGCCCUGCAGCAGUGCCGCUGUCUCUGACCAGUGCGAGCACGAAGGAGACCGGGCCCUCACCGCCGCGGCCGGACUGGACUCGCCGCCAGGGCCUCGGAUCAGGGGCGGGGAGCGGUGCGGGGAGCCGAGCGGCGAGCGGAGCGGCGAGCGGAGCGGGGGCAAGCGCACACACUCCCAGCACGGAACGAUCAGGAGCACCGUUAUAGGACGCGAGAUGCAUGCCUCCAGAGAGGCCGCGCCGGUGUGCAGCGCGGGCGCCCUCGCGGACCUCUCGGAGUCCCUGCCCGCGGCGCUGGGCCGCCCGCACGGCCUGCUGCGGCUGCUGCAGCUGCACCUGCUGGCCGACCUCUCGGCCGUGCUCCUCCUGAGCGCCCUGGGGCUGUCGUUCCGGUACCAGACGCUCGGCAUGGCGGACAAAGCCCGGAGUCGCGAGUUGCCGCAGAAGGGGUUGGGGUCCGGCAUUCCGGCCAAGUGGGAGCACUUGGGGGCCAGGGUCACUUCUGGCAACCUCCGUGAAGACAGGGCUGCUCAGGUGAUUGCCACGGUACUCCCAGCCGGUCUGGCUCUGGCGCGGCUGCCGCUGCUGCUGUGCAUGGAGCGCAGCUGCAGGCAGACGGUUCGGCUAUUCGAGGAGCGCUCGCAGCCAGCCGCGCGUGUGCUGCGUCGGCUGCUGCGCGCCCUGCAGCACCGCAAGCUGCAGUGGAGCUCAGCCGCAUUCGCGGCCGUGUGCUCCCUGGCCGUCACCUGGAGCCUGACCAUACGUCUGGUGCGAAACUUUGACCCCAGCCCCUGGUGCACGACCAACAACAAUUUCAUGAUGCUUACCCGUGCGUUCUGGUACGAGCUUGCGCUGCGCACGACCGCGGCGCUGGCCGUCGUCUACGCGGCGCUCGGCCUGGCAGUGGCCGCGGCGGCGAAAGUGGCGCGGCGGUCGCGGCAGUCGGCGGAGCCGCGCGGCGGGCUGCCGCUGGAGCUCCUGGCCUGCUUGCCCACCCACGUGGCCGGCGGGGCGCACGCGCCCGCCCGCGGCGCGGACCUCUGCUGCGCCAUGCGGCCAGGGGACUCGACCGUCCAGGACGGGGAGACGCUCCGGCGGCUGCCCUGCGCCCGGCGGAUUCCACGCGGCCUGCGCGGACGGCUGGCUCUUCAUCUCGGCGGCGUGCCCGAUGCGGUGCGAGGUGGACUGGGCCUCGGCGGCGGCUUCGGGCGAGGGCCCGGCGCUGGGCGGGGCGCGCGGCGACCCGGCGGCGCUGGGCCGAGGCUGGGCGCCCGGCGGGGCGGCCGGCGUGGAGGAGAGGGAGAGCCGAGGCUCGCGCCGCAGCGGGCCUCCGGGGAGCCGCUGCUCCCGCCCCCCGUGCUCGAGGUGGCCUGAGGCGGCGCGGAACGGGCCGCUGCCGCCGCCGCUGGCCGCCUCUCCCCUCCCCGCUGGGCGCGCCGUCGGUCCGCGGCGGCGAGUCGGUCCACGGCGGCGGGGCGGCGGCGGCUCGCGUCAGAGGAGGAGCAGGGACCGACAGGCCGCGACCACGGCCUCGUCGCCGCCUUUGCCGCGCCCCCCUGGGGGCCCCUGCCGCCACAGCUCGACUCGCCCCGGACAUGCGGGCCAGGACGCGGCCCAGCGGCGCGACGAUCGCCUGGCCUCCCCACGUCGUGCCGCCGCCCCCCGCCGUCUCGGCGGCCCG